GUUCUGGUUUGUCCCAUGAAGUCGGCUCCGGUUCUGCUGACGCUGUCCGACUCCAAACACGUCGUCCCGGUGGACGACGACUCGGACCUGAACGUGGUGGCAGCCUUCGACCGGCGGGGCGAGUACAUCUACACCGGCAACGCCAAGGGAAAGAUCCUGGUUCUGAACACAAACACUCAGGAGCUGGUGGCUUCGUUCAGGGUCACGACCGGAACCAGCAACACCACCGCCAUCAAGUCCAUCGAGUUCGCACGCAAAGGGAGCUGCUUCCUCAUAAACACAGCAGAUCGCAUCAUCAGGGUUUACGACGGCAGAGAGAUCCUGACCUGUGGGCGGGACGGCGAGCCAGAACCGAUGCAGAAACUCCAGGACCUGGUCAACAGGACUCCGUGGAAGCGCUGCUGCUUCUCUGGAGACGGCGAGUACAUCGUGGCCGGUUCGGCCCGGCAGCACGCCCUCUACAUCUGGGAGAAGAGCAUCGGCAACCUGGUGAAGAUCCUCCACGGGACCAGAGGAGAGCUGCUGCUGGACGUGGCUUGGCAUCCGGUCCGUCCGAUCAUCGCCUCCAUCUCCAGCGGCGUGGUGUCCAUCUGGGCUCAGAACCAAGUGGAAAACUGGAGCGCUUUUGCUCCGGACUUCAAAGAGCUGGACGAGAACGUCGAGUACGAAGAACGAGAGUCUGAGUUUGACAUCGAGGACGAAGACAAGAGUGAACCUGAGCAGACAGGUGCAGACGCUGCUGAGGAUGAAGAGGUGGACGUGACCACUGUUGAUCCCAUCGUGGCUUUUUGCAGCAGUGAUGAGGAGCUGGAGGACUAUAAGGCUCUGCUGUACCUGCCCAUCGCCCCCGAGGUGGAGGAUCCAGAGGAGAACCCCUUCGGUCCUCCACCGGACGCCUCGGUUCAGGGCGCCACUCCGGAUGAGGCGCUGGCCAGUGGUGACAAGAAGCAGCGACAGCCUUCGUCUGAGGGAGGUCCGGCCAAGAAGAAGGCUCGGACCACCACCAUCGAGCUGCAGGGGGUUCCCAGCGACGAGGUUCACCCCCUGCUGGGCGUCAAGGGAGACGGCAAGUCGAAGAAGAAGACCGCCGGCCGGCCCAAAGGCUCCAAAGGUAAAGACAAAGACUUCCCCUUCAGGCCCAAGCCCUACAGGGGUGACCGGCCCUCCUUCCCGGUGGUACCCGAGGUUCUGGGCGGCUCAGGCCCAGGAGGAGGAGGAGGAGGAGGGAUGAAGGGCAGGGCAGAGGGGGCCCUGGCCUCAGGAGGUUUGGUGUCACAGUCGUACAAACAGCACGACCUCGGAGGGAUGGACUGAUACCUGCUGGACCCAACGGAGCUUCAGACUAAAAACAGACUGGUGUCACGUACAGACUAUUCAGGACCGUCUCCAUGGAAACCACCCCUCUCUUCCUGUAGUGUUGUCUUUGUUGUUGUUUUUAUACGUAUUAAAACAUUCUGAUUUCUA